UUUUUGAGUCAGAAGACUACUGUUGUCAUGGGCGGAAGUGCCGUACCCCGCCCAGUUCGUACCUUAUGCGACGUUUUGGAGCAGAGUCUGUACCUCGGUGACUCGCUCACCAGUCUGCGUGGGUAUUUACACCCGUGGUGUCGCUACAACAACAAGGCGCAAACAUGGACCUUGUGGAUCUUGCCAUGCAAGGGCUCUCCGUCUUUGGAUUCAUUCUUUUUCUCGUACUCUGGUUUAUGCAUUUCAUGUCCAUCAUCUAUGUCCGACUCUGUCUCAAUAAGAAGAGCCCUGACAAGCAGCCCUACAGUAAGCUGUCGGGGGUCUCUCUACUGAAGCCUCUGAAAGGAGUAGACCCCAACCUCAUCAAUAACCUGGAGACUUUCUUUGAGCUCGACUACCCCACGUAUGAGAUCCUGUUAUGUGUGCAGGACUAUGACGACCCAGCCGUUGAUGUGUGUAAAAAGCUCCUGGGCAAAUAUCCCAACGUAGAUGCCAGGUUGUUUAUAGGAGGGAAGAAGGUUGGCAUCAACCCAAAGAUUAAUAACCUGAUGCCAGGUUAUGAGGGGGCAAAGCAUGGCCUGGUGUGGAUUUGUGACAGCGGAAUACGAGUGAAACCGGACACCCUGACGGAUAUGGCCUAUCAGAUGACGGAGAAGGUGGGGUUAGUCCAUGGCCUUCCCUACGUGGCCGACAGACAGGGCUUCGCUGCUACACUAGAACAGGUGUAUUUUGGCACGUCCCACCCGCGCUCCUACAUCUCAGCCAAUGUGACGGGUAUUAAGUGUGUGACCGGAAUGUCCUGUCUAAUGAGAAAAGAUAUCCUGGACCAGGCUGGAGGGCUGAUCGCCUUCGCUCAAUACAUCGCUGAGGACUACUUCAUGGCGAAGGCUAUCGCUGACAGGGGAUGGAAGUUCUCCAUGGCAACACAGGUAGCCAUGCAGAACUCUGGGUCCUAUUCGAUUGCUCAGUUCCAGUCCCGAAUGAUCAGAUGGGCCAAGCUUCGUAUCAACAUGCUCCCCGCCACCGUCUGUGAGCCCAUCUCAGAGUGUUUCCUAGCUAGCCUGAUCAUUGGCUGGGCAGCACAUCACGUGUUCCACUGGGAUAUUAUGGUCUUCUUCAUGUGCCACUGUCUGGCGUGGUUCAUCUCUGAUUACAUCCAGCUCCGAGGAGUUCAGGGUGGUGCGCCGGCCUUCUCCAAACUGGACUACGCUGUAGCCUGGUUCAUCAGAGAGUCCAUGACCAUCCAGAUCUUUCUAUCGGCCCUGUGGGACCCCACCAUCAGCUGGAGAACGGGGCGCUACAGGUUACGAUGCGGAGGUACGGCCGAUGAGAUCCUGGACGUAUAGCUACCUGCAUGAGUCCCACCUACAGGGACAAUACCCUGGAUCCAAUCACCCCCAGAGACAAUACCAGGCACAGACUGAACCGAUUUCCCAGAUGGCACCCUAUUCCCUACAUAGUGCACACUUGCCCAUACAUUCUGCUCUGCUCAACAGUAGUGGACUAUUUAAGGAAUAGGGUACAGUUGGGGACGCGGCCAAAGAGACGGUGACAUCGAGAAGAAGAAGAAAGAAUCAUCCAAAGUGUUGGCUGUUUUAACCUGUUUUAACCUGUGUUUUACCCUGUGUUAACCUGUGUUUUACCCUGUG